AUGGUUUCGAAGCUUGUGUUUAAAGGUGAUAAGCCGAAGAAGAAGAAGAAGGCUAGUGUCAAGAGUGAUUCUUGGCGAGUAUCAAAGGCAGCAUCUGGUGAAUCGACUAGCCACCCUGAAUUAGCUGUCACUAAUGAGGGAUGGGUUACAGCAAAGAAUCUCAGCGAAUUGAAAGGACCAGUUGUUCUAGCUUUCAAAGAUGAGGACAAUCCUGUAGUUAUUGCAAGCGAUCUUAAUGGCAAAUUAUAUUUAUCUAGCGAUAUUGAUAUUACAGGGUCUAAAAGUAUAGAUAUCGAGCCUCGGACUGUCCAGCAAGUGUUUGUAUUAUCCAAGUUAGAUUUUCGGGGCACUGAUACUAGUGCUCUAGACGAACCGACAGUGAACAAUGAAUUCUCCUUCAAAAAUAGUGAAGGCACAUAUUUAACGUCUCCUAUUGAACCCCCCUUGCAUUGUAAAGCAGUCUCAAUUGGGCAAGACCAAAUAUUUACGUUGACGGCUCUGGAGUCUGGUGGAUGGAGCCUUCAAACAUCACGCAAAGCCUUUUUAGGUUUUCAAAAAGAUGACUCAGAAAUUGGCUUUAAAUUGGUCUAUUCCGAUACAGUUGGUUUUAGCGAGACGUGGAUUUUGCGUGUACAGGCACAAUAUGCGCGAUUGCACAAUUCGUCCUCACGAACUACGUCCAGCUCAGAAAGGAUCUCCUCAAAGGUGUUAGAAGAAAGGGCUGGUAGAAAAUUGACACCUAGUGAGAUCUCCAGCUUAAAGCUUGCUUAUAAGCAAGGAAGACUGAACGAGGCCCUGCUUGAUAUUAGGCAGAGGAGCAGAAGUGAUAAUAUGUGUUGA